CUGUCGUAUUGUGGUAUGUAAUUUUUAUUUGUGUGUGCUUGAUAAAAAUGUAAGGGGAUUGCCGGAUUGGGCGCUUGGACCCCCAGGUUUGGACGCUAGAGAAAUUUAAAACUAGUUUCGGAUAAAAGUUUUUGCUUCGUGGAGCCGUUGGAGCACCGAACCUCACACCUUAAUUCCCUUUGACCCUUUCCCUCUUUGAUUUUCGCUCUUUCCCUUCUUUUUCUUUUCAUCCUCUUUUCUUUUUUUCUUUAUUAUUUAUUCCUCUGCGAAUCCAACCGUCGCUUCACAGUUCAUAUAACCGCAUUAAAGAGAGAGCCUUGGAAGUUGGAACUAGUAAAGAUCAGGGCUUUAAUUGAUCUUUAGCCAUUUGAAUGAGUCCUUUUGUGAUUCUUAAAGAUACGUAGUUAUAGUUUAGAUGUCAAAAAUCUGUUCCCUUGCUUCAUUCUUUUUAUGUACAAAAGCCCUGGUUUUGUCGCCCUAUCUCUACUAUUAGGGCUCUUUGGUUCGUUUGAGGAUUCUUUCUGUUUUUGGUACCAAAACCGCACGGCAUGAAAGGUGAAAGAAUGGCAAAGAGAGCGUCUUUUGAAAGUAUAAUGAAGAAGAGGCUCUCUGACGUAUCCAAUUCGCAGUCACAACCCAAGUUGGUAACGCUUGAGAGAAAACAACCCCAGAUUCUGUUGAACGCAGAAGACUACAUCAACCAACUUCUUAAGAAAAAUAUGGCAUUGAUGAAGCUUAUUGAGGAGAGGAAUAAAAUAAUAGAAUUGAGUGGAACCCAGUUGCAGAACCUGCGGCUAAGGUUUCAGAAAUUGCAGUUGCAGAACUGGCAUCUUGCUCAAUCAAACACCCACAUGUCAGCGGAGCUUAAUUUAGGACGAGAAAGGGUGAAGGCAUUGCAACAUGAACUUGUGUGCAAGGAUGCUUUACUCAAGUCCAAAUACUUGGAAAUAGAGGAACAAGAGCGGGGGACGAAGGAGCACCUACAUAAAGCUAAUGAUGAGGUUAAACCAUGUAAUCGCAGCAGUAGACGCAACGGAAGAGGGCAAUCUAUGGGCUCUUCUACAACACGAGGAAAAGAGAACAUCCCAAACAAAAGGCAUUGUUUGAGAAGGCAAUCUGCCAGGCUUAAAUCCCAAGAGCGGGAACCCUCAGAGAACUUGUUUGAAAUUGAAGAUGUUAAAUUUUCAGUCACUCGGUCAGUUGAUGAUCCAAAGCAUGAAGAUGGUUUAACUCCAAUGGUUUCAUCUGCUAAAAAAGAAGCUGCUAGUGACUCUGGAACCGAAAUGCAUGUACCCCGGAGAUCUUCAACGGGAAGACCAAUGCGUGCAGCUGUAGGAAUGGUGCAAUCCUACAAAGAAGUUCCCAGGAACAUAAAAUUGAGGAGAAAAGAGUGAUUAUUUUUUUUAUGCAAAAAAAAAAAAGUUUGUAGUUUGUAGAACCAAAGCAGUAUAUGUUUCUGUGUUAUUCUGUAUCAUUGUAAAAAUACUGAUUGUGUUGAUUUUAUGCAAAGCUCUGGCUUUUGUUUAAGAUAAAUGGUUUAU